UAUAUUGGGGAAUAAAUCGCUAAAACGGUCUUUCAGUUGCAGCUCUUACUGUUUUUCUACAAAAUGGAGCUACACACACGGACCCGGGGAAAUCCCUCUAAGGGGCAUAACUAUUGGUAAACUUUUACAAACCCAGACAGAAAAGACACCUGAUAGAGAAGCUGUUGUUUUCCCGACGACAGGAGUCAGGAAAACAUUCUUUCAAUUAUUAGAAGAGGCCGAUCGUUUUGCAGCUGGGCUUUUAGAGCUUGGUCUUAAAAAGGGAGAUCGUGUUGGAAUCUGGGGUCCGAACUCGCCGGAAUGGGUCAUAACACAGUAUGCAACGGCAAGAGCUGGCUUGAUUUUAGUGAAUAUCAACCCUUUAUACCGAAGUUUUGAACUGGAGUAUGCUUUACAGCUGGUUGAUUGUAAAGCAGUAGUGUGUGCGACAGAGUUCAAGGACCAGCUUUAUUAUGAGAUUAUGUUUCAACUUGUACCGGAACUGGCUUCUUGUAAACCACAUACUCUUCGCAGUCAUAUACUACCAGGUCUGAAGUACAUUAUAAUGAUGGGUGAAGAUGACUACCCGGGAACUUUGAAGUUUUCUGACGUCAUGGCUGCCGGAAGUGACUCGAGCGUUCGGCAGAUUGUUGACAUACAGGACAGCCUUCAGUUUGAUGAACCUAUAAAUAUCCAAUUUACAUCGGGCACGACGGGGUUUCCGAAAGGUGCAACAUUAUCACACCAUAAUAUUGUAAAUAACAGUUAUUUUACCGGACUGCGGUUGGAUUUCCAUAACAGGCCGGCUAGAAUCUGCUGUCCUGUGCCGUUAUAUCACUGUUUUGGGAUGGUUUUAGCAUGUUUACAAAUACCAAAUCACGGGGCUACAUGUGUGUUUCCAGCUCCAGGCUUCGACCCAGCCUCUGCUUUGACAGCUGUGGCGAAAGAAAAAUGUACAGCAUUAUAUGGAGUACCAACAAUGUUUAUUGACAUGUUAAACUACCCUGAAUUCGACAAGUUUGAUCUGUCAACCCUGUACACUGGUAUAAUGGCGGGGUCACCAUGUCCUAUAGAAACAAUGAAGCAGGUCAUUGCUAAAAUGCACAUGUACGAGGUCACGGUAUGUUACGGCACGACAGAAAAUAGUCCCGUGACGUUCCAAAGCAAGAGAAACGAUUCAGUAGACAAGCGAGUAUCAACUGUUGGUACAGCACAUCCACAUGUAGAGGCAAAAGUUGUUGAUGAAGACGGUAAAAUAGUGCCUGUGGGAACAGUUGGCGAGUUGUGCACGAGGGGAUACACGACAAUGCUCGGGUACUGGGGAGAUGAGGAUAAAACACGUGAAGUUUGUUUACCUGAUAGAUGGUAUCUUACAGGGGACACUGCUAUAAUGGAUAAAGAUGGCUUUGUACAAAUAUCAGGCCGUAUUAAGGACAUGAUAAUUAGAGGUGGAGAAAAUAUUUACCCGUUAGAGAUAGAACAAGUUUUGUAUACUCACCCUAAGAUUAAAGACGUUCAGGUUGUAGGGGUACCAGACAAGCGUCUCGGGGAACAGAUAUGUGCCUGGGUAGAGUUAAAAGAUGGUGAAACAGCCACAGAGGAGGAAAUCAGGCAGUUUUGUAAAGAAAAGAUUGCAAAGUUUAAAGUUCCAAAGUACGUACAGUUUGUUACAGAGUAUCCACUUACGGUGACAGGAAAAGUUCAAAAAUUUAAAAUUAGGGAAGAGGCUACUAUAUCACUUGGGCUGGAACAUGUUUUAAGAUAAAUUUGAGAUCGAGUUACGUUACGUUGUGAAGUAACGUAAAUUAUGCUGUACCAUGCAAGUUCAGUAAACUGAUAUACAGCGUUGGUUAAACGUAGAUAUA